AUGGAUUACAGCUGUAUAGAUGACAGUAGUACUACUUCUGAAUCUCUCUCCAUCUCUACCAAGACGACGACGACGGAGAUGAUGAAUAAACUCUCUCCUCCUCCGGCGAUGCGUCUCUGCCGGAUGGGUAGCGGCGGAAGCAGCGUCGUCUUGGAUACGGAUAACGGCGUCGAAACGGAGUCACGGAAACUCCCGUCGUCGAAAUACAAAGGCGUUGUUCCUCAGCCUAACGGAAGGUGGGGAGCUCAGAUUUACGAGAAGCAUCAACGUGUUUGGCUCGGCACUUUCAACGAGGAACAAGAAGCUGCUGCUUCCUACGACAUCGCCGCUUGGAGAUUCCGUGGACGCGACGCCGUCACUAAUUUCAAAUCUCCGGCGGUCAUUGGAAACGACGCCGAAUCGGCUUUUCUCGAUGCUCACUCCAAGGCUGAGAUUGUUGAUAUGUUGAGGAAACACACUUACGCCGACGAGCUUCAUCAGAGCAAACGGAAGUUUCUUGACGGUAACGGAAAACGUUGUGGAUCGGGGAUUACGACGACGACGUCACAAGGAAACGACGGCGUUUUGAGAGCGCGUGAGAUUUUGUUCGAGAAAGCCGUUACGCCGAGCGACGUCGGGAAGCUUAACCGGUUAGUGAUACCGAAACAGCACGCGGAGAGGCAUUUCCCGUUACCGGCGAUGACGACGACGGUGAAUCCCUCUCCGACGAAAGGCGUUUUGAUUAAUUUGGAAGACAGAACAGGGAAAGUGUGGCGGUUCCGUUACUCGUACUGGAACAGCAGUCAAAGUUACGUGUUGACCAAGGGCUGGAGCCGGUUCGUUAAGGAGAAGAAUCUUCGAGCCGGUGAUGUGGUUUGUUUCGAGAGAUCGACCGGACCAGACCGGCAGCUUUUUAUCGAUUGGAAAAUCCGGUCCGGUACGGAGCAAAACCCGGUUCAGACUGUGGUUAAGCUAUUCGGGGUCAACAUUUACAAUGCGAGUAACGCGAAACCAAACGACGGUGGGAAGAAGAGAUCUCGGGAAGUUGAUUUGUUUGCGUUAGGGUGUUCUAAGGAGCAGGCGAUAAUCAACGCCUUGUGA